AUGACAUUCGCGCUUCUGCUUCAGCUCGCGGCCGGUCUCUCGGCCGGCGUGUCGCCGCUCACCGCGUGGCACUGCAACGGCAAAAGCUGCUGGAGGCCGGCACACCUCAAUCAAUCCGUCUGCCGCCCGCAGCCCUGCCCGACGCCGGUGGCGGUGCCCUGCGAUGUGCCCGGCUGUGACUGUGGGGCGGAAGAGUCCAAGUUCGAUGCCGUGCGGCAGCAGGCUGAGGACUGCGCGGCGGAGCUCACGGCUGCGAUCGACGCGUUUGAGUCCCGUCGGAAAGCGUCGGCGGGCGUCAGCUCGGCGAACGAGGCUGUCCUGGCCACCUCCCUCGCCUGCACCGAGGCGGAGCUCCAGCAGCACCUGCGAGACCGCGACGCGCUCGGGGAAGCCAUCGUCUCCGCCGCCGCCCGCCUCGGAGUCCGACCUGGGACGCUGGUGGCCUGCUCCCUCGCCAUCACGGCUCUUCUCGCUGCGGCAUGCUGCCUGCGCUUUCGGCGGGCGGCUGUAGCAGCGGCUCGGGCGUCGGCCGAGGCGCAGGCCAACGCCGAGGCGCAGGCGCAGGAGGUGAGGGGCGGGAAGGCCUUGGUCGCGGCGGCCGCCGAGCGUGCGCGGGCGGAGGUGGAGAAGGAGACGGGGGAGGCGGUGGCGGCGGCGGUGGCGGCGGCGGUCGCAGAGGCCGAGGAGGCGACGGCCGCGGCGGUCGCCAGGGCGAGCGAGGAGGCGAGGAGGGAGGCGGCUGCGGAACGAGUAGAAGCGAUUGGAAAGGCGUUGGCGGCGGCGGCCAGGGAGCGGGAGACGGCGGCCGCAAUCUCCGAUGCGGCAGCAGAGGCGGCAGCGGCGGCGGCAGCAGCAGAGGCCGUGGCGUUGCAAGCGGCGACGGAAGCGGCACGUGCGACGGCGGAGGCGGCAGCCGCGGAGGCGGCGGCUGCAGCGGAGUGCAUGCGCUCCGAGCUGGAGGGCGUGGAGACAGAUGCGGCUGCAGCAGUCACGGCGGCGGUGGCGGCGGCGGUCGCAGACGCGGACGAGGCGACGGCCGCGGCGGUCGCCAGGGCGAGCGAGGAGGCGAGGAGGGAGGCGCUGGCGGCGGCGGCCAGGGAGCGGGAGGCGGCGGCAGCGGCAGUGGCGCUCGAGGUGGUGCACGCGUCGCAGUCCAAGGCCGCGGGGUGCGCCGAGCUCCUGCGGCUGGCUGCCGGAGCCAAGGACCCUGUGGAAGAGGCUGCGCGCUCCAGGUUUGACACGCUCUCCGUUGAGGAGGUCCGAGCGACGGCAGCGGCAGACAACGAGGCGCUGGUCCAGGCAUGCGAGGCGCAGGCGGCUCAGAUUCGGCUCCUCGAGGAGGAGCGCGACGUGGCAGCGGCGGAGGCGGCGCGGUGUGUGGCAGAAGCAGAGGCAGCGGCAGAGGCAGCUGUAGGGGCGGCGGCAGCGGUGGCAGCAGCGGCGGCGGCGGAGGAGGCGGCGGAGAGGGCGGCGGAGAGGGCGUGUCUGCGGUAUGAGCUCGAGAACGCAGAGGCGGACACGGAGGCAGCGGCGUCAGCGGUGGCGGCUGCUGACGUCGAGGCGGAGGCGCUGCGUUCGGAGCUCGAGCUCGCGGAGGCGGCGGCGGCACGGGCGGCGCUCUCGCAGGACGUGGUCGCUGAGCGCGCCCGCGCCGACGCCGCGGAGGAGCGAGCCGCCGCGGCGCAGGCCGAGGCGGAGGCGCUGGCGUCCGAGCUGGAGGAGGCGUCGCGGCGGGCGGAGGAGGAGGCGGCGGCAAGCCAGCGGGCGCUGCAGGCCGAGCUGGAGGCGGCGGAGGCGGAGGCGGAGAAGCAGUUGGCGGAGACACGGCACGCGGCGAGUGAGGCCGCCGCGGCGAGCGAUGCGGCGGCGGCGGCAGCUGUGGCAGAGGCGGCGGCAGCGGCAGCGGGGAUGGCGUCGGAGCUUGAAGCAAGUAGGGUGACGGCGAGUGAGGCCCAGGCGGCCAACGAGGCGGCGCAGCUUUCUCUUGUUGCAGCGAGCGCCGCCGCUGCAGCUGCUACGGCGGAGGUGGGCCGACUGUCGAGUGAGCUCAUGGCGGCGGCCGCCGAAGUGACUGCGGCCGAGGUGGCGGCGGCAACAUCGCUCUCGCAGGACGUGGUCGCUGAGCGCGCCCGCGCCGACGCCGCGGAGGAGCGAGCCGCCGCGGCGCAGGCCGAGGCGGUGGCGCUGGCGUCCGAGCUGGAGGAGGCGUCGCGGCGGGCGGCGGAGGAGGCGGCGGCAAGCCAGCGGGCGCUGCAGGCCGAGCUGGAGGCGGCGGAGGCGGCGGCGGCGGAGGCGGAGGCGGUGUUGAAGGCGGCGGCCGCCGAGGCGCAGGCCAACGCCGAGGCGCAGGCGCAGGAGGCGUGGGCGUGGGCGGACGACGCGCGGCGGUGGGCGGAGCGCGAGCGCGAGCUGGCCGCCGAGUCGUUGCGCGAGGAGAUUGUGGAGGAGGCGAGGGGCGGGAUGGAGGAGCUGGUCGCGGCGGCCGCCGAGCGUGCGCGGGCGGAGGUGGAGGAGGAGACGGGGGAGGCGGUGGCGGCGGCGGUGGCGGCGGCGGUCGCAGAGGCCGAGGAGGCGACGGCCGCGGCGGUCGCCAGGGCGAGCGAGGAGGCGAGGAGGGAGGCGGCUGCGGAACGAGUAGAAGCGAUUGCAAAGGCGUUGGCGGCGGCGGCCAGGGAGCGGGAGGCGGCGGCCGCAAUCUCCGAUGCGGCAGCGGCGGCGGCAGCGGCGGCGGCAGCAGCAGAGGCCGUGGCGUUGCAAGCGGCGACGGAAGCGGCACGUGCGACGGCGGAGGCGGCAGCCGCGGAGGCGGCGGCUGCAGCGGAGUGCAUGCGCUCCGAGCUGGAGGGCGUGGAGACAGAUGCGGCUGCAGCAGUCACGGCGGCGGUGGCGGCGGCGGUCGCAGAGGCGGACGAGGCGACGGCCGCGGCGCAGGCUCAGAUUCAGCUCCUCGAGGAGGAGCGCGACGUGGCAGCGGCGGAGGCGGCGCGGUUGGCAACGGCAGAGGCGGCGGCAGAGGCGGCAGCAGCGGCGGUGGAAGAGGCGGCCGCGGCGGAGAAGGCGUGCUUGCGGUCUGAACUUGCGGACACGGAGGCGGAGGUUGCGGCGGCGGAGGCGGCGGCGGCGGCCACGGAGGCGAAAUUACACCUGGCCCAAGAGGAAGCCGUGGCUGCAGUGGCUCAGGAUGGCUUGCUGCUUGAGGGGGGCGCUGAGAAGCUGGAGGGGGCCAGCAGCCUCCUGCAAGAGGCGCUGGAUGACAAGGUGGCGGCCGAGGAAGAGGCACGCUCGGCGUCCGAAGCGAAGGCACGCCCAACCCCACCCGCCGGACCCCCCCGCCUCUCCUCGCUGGCCCUCCUCUCUCCUCUCCGAGUCCUCACGCCGCUCGUCGCCAUUCCGCCCUCGCAGAGGCAGCUUCAGCUGGAGGCGGAGGUGCUGCGCACGGGUCUGGCGGACGCGGAGAGGCGCGUCACGCUGGCGGAGGCAUCGCGGGCGGCGCACGAGGCCAGAGAACGGCAGAGGGCGGCAGAGGCGUCGCAGGCAGUGGCUGCCGCAGAGGCGAAGUGCGCUGCCGCCGAGGAGCGCGCGGCCGCGGUGUCGGCAUCCACGGUGUCGGCGGCCGCGGCGGCGGGAGUGGCGAAGGCGAAGGAGCGCGAGGCGCUUCGAACUGCGGGUGACGAUGACGACGACGAUGCGGACGCGCGGAGCGAGCAGCCGCCUCUGCAGAGGCCGGCUGCCGCAGGGGCCGACAACCACUUCAAGUCGGUGGUCUAUGCGUUCACGCUCUCGAUCCUCUCGGAUGGCGCGGCCCUUGGCGGCGCCGGCGACGCCG